AUGGCCACAGAUUCCUGUCGCACACAGAUUGUGCCGGUGCAUUCCGGCUUGGAGACAGCGGGUAACCGAUUCCUGGACGUGCCAGGUGGUAACACUCAGUUACAGAAUACCACUGACAUCUCCACCGCCCCUGUCAGUGUCCCCCCCAUUGGGGGUUUCCAACAAGGCGGAAGCAAUCUGACAGGAAGUAGACAGUUUGCUAAGAAAGGGCGCCAUACACAGAAUAGUUCAGCCAGUGCUAAGUCUGGGCUUCUACUCAAAUCUUAUGAGGAGGAACAGAAGAUAUUUACGGAUGCAAGAGUGGAAACUGUUACCAAGUUGUAUCUCAAUAGAGAACGUCAAGCAGGCCUUGCACAUUUUAAUUUGAUGACGACUAGAUGGCCUUCAACAUUCGAAACAAAACUGUUCACUGAAAGGUUUCUUCAAAGCAAAACCGCUGAUAUUAAAACAUUGCAACCUCAAUUUGAUGACGAUGAAGUUGCCUCAACAUCAACAUACACACAGAAGAGCUUGAUACAGUCAGUCCAGGAAGAUACAGCUACAUGUGUGGAAAUGGAAUUGGAUCUCAGUCACAAAAAACAUAAAUCUAUAGAUUUAUCAAGACUUGGUCUGUAUAAAGACCUGAGGAUUUUAAACCUGAAACAUAGUGAACUAACGAUAGUACCAUCUGAGAUUGGGGAAUGCCAUGAAUUACAGAAAUUAGAUCUAUCGUUCAAUAAGAUUUCGAAGAUACCAGAAUCACUGUAUGCAUUAGAACAGUUGACAGAACUUAACAUGAGGUCGAAUGCAUUGACUUCUGUACCAGAUGAGAUUGGUAAAUUGAAGAGUAUGAAGACAUUGAAUCUAUCAUCCAAUAAAAUUGAGAAGAUACCAGCUUCAUUGUGUGCAUUAGAAAAGUUGACAGAACUUAACAUGGGGUCGAAUGCAUUGACUUCUAUACCAGAUGAGAUUGGUAAAUUGAAGAGUAUGGAGACAUUGGAUCUAUCUUUUAAUAAAAUUGACAAGAUACCAGAUUCAUUGUGUGCAUUAGAAAAGUUGACAGAACUUUACAUGAAUGACAAUGCAUUGACUUCUGUACCAGAUGAGAUUGGUAAAUUGAAGAGUAUGAAGACAUUGAAUCUAUCAUCCAAUAAAAUUGAGAAGAUACCAGCUUCAUUGUGUACAUUAGAACAGUUGACAGAACUCGACAUGAAAUAUAAUGCAUUGACUGCUAUACCAGAUGAGAUUAGUAAAUUGAAGAGUAUGAAUAUAUUGAAUCUAGAUAACAAUAAAAUGGAGAAGAUACCAGAUUCACUAACUUGA